AUGUGGCUGGGUAUCAUGGAUGACAUUUACCGCAUGGAGGACCUGACUGCCUCCUUGCGCAAUGAGGAAGAACGCUUCAGGUCCACUUGGAUGCCUUGGCUUCACUUCCGCCAUUCCGCUGCCUACGAGGCGGAGACGGGAGAGAUUCCUGCCACCCAGAGCAGUAAUGGCAUAGCAGACAACCGUCUUCACAAGCCAAUGUACUUGUUUUUGAGCAAUCUUUCCUUUGUGGACGUCAUAUGUUCCUCAGUGAUUGUGCCUAAAAUGUUGAGGGACCUUCUAAGUGAAACCAAAGCCAUCUCUUUUGUUGGCUGUGCUGUACAGUUGUUCAUUUUCGGGUCCUUUGCAAGCACCGAAAGUCUUCUUCUAGGAGUCAUGGCAUACGAUCGUUAUGUAGCCAUCUGUAGCCCAUUGCUGUACCAUGUCCACAUGAGCGGUGUCUUGUGCCUCCAGAUGUUGGUUGCUGCCUAUUUUGGAGGUUUUUUAAAUUCUCUUGUGCAAACUGUGGCCGCCUUCCGUCUUAACUUCUGCAGAUCCAACAUUAUCAAACAUUUCUUCUGUGACCUUCCACCACUCUACAAACUCUCCUGUUCUGAUAUAUCUAUGAAUAUUGCUGCUUUGAUUACUUUAGGUAGUUUGGUCAGUAUGAGCAGCAUCAUACUCAUCAUUGUCUCAUACACCAAUAUUGUUCUCGCCGUUCUGAAUGUACGAUCAGCCCGGGGUAGAUACAAGGCUUUUAGCACAUGUACCUCUCAUAUAACAGCUGUCAGUGUCUUCUAUGGAACUGUCUUCUUUAUGUAUUUUCGUCCAUCCACUAGCAUAUUAGACCAGGACUGGGUGGCUUCUGUCUUCUACAGUGUAGGUAUACCUAUGUUAAAUCCACUGAUAUAUAGCCUUAGGAAUGCUGAGGUCAUAGAAGCUCUUAAGAGUUUUUGGAAAUGUUUUAAAUAA